GGCUGCAGAUGGCCUCUGCAGUCAGGUGGACUCCUGCUGAUCAGAUAAAACCCCCGUGGUGCUGCAGGAGGUUACGCUGCCCGGCCCUGAACGCAUCACUCGACAGGAUGGCGAACUCGAAGGGGGCCGACGUGUCUCGCGUCUUCAGGGGGACUUUCAUCCACGCGACGCCGCAAACCGCGCUGCAGAUCCUGGAGGAUCACCUCGUGGGAGUGGAUACAGACGGAAAGAUCGCUUUCAUCGAGAACGGAGCGGAGCUGAACCGACUGUCUCAGACCUUCAGAUUCAGUCUGUCUGACGUCACUCAGCUGGCACAACAGUAAGUAGAAUCUAUCAAAUUAAUUACCCAAUGGGGGC